UAUAAGGGGAGAGGUGAAAGAUUUUGUGAUGGAUGUAAGUGCUUCUUCAGGUACACUGUGCCCACGACAGUCUUUUGUUUCAACAAAUCCAGAACCGUUACCAAAGAAGAAGAGGAAUCUUGCAGGCAACCCAGACCCAGAUGCUGAAGUGAUAGCUUUGUCUCCCAAGUCACUGCUUGCAACAAACAGGUUUAUGUGUGAGAUAUGUAACAAAGGGUUUCAGAGAGACCAGAAUCUUCAGCUUCAUAGGAGAGGACAUAACUUGCCAUGGAAACUAAAGCAAAGAACCAACAAGGAGGUGGUGAGGAAGAAGGUAUACGUGUGUCCAGAAACAAACUGUGUGCACCAUGACCCAUCUAGGGCUCUUGGGGACCUCACGGGGAUCAAGAAGCACUUUUACAGAAAACAUGGCGAGAAGAAAUGGAAAUGUGAAAAGUGUUCAAAGCGAUACGCUGUUCAAUCAGACUGGAAAGCUCAUUCCAAAAUUUGUGGCACCAGGGAGUAUAGAUGUGACUGUGGAACCCUUUUCUCCAGGAGGGACAGUUUCAUCACCCACAGAGCGUUUUGCGAUGCUUUAGCUGAGGAGAGUGCAAGGGUAAUUGCAGGUGCAAACACAGUACUUGUCCUCUCACAGCAGCCUGGCUCUUCAGUUUCACAUAUAAAUGUGACCAAUCUGCAACCCCAACCUCAACUCCAUAGCUAUCCCUUCCAUGUGAGAAGGGAGCAAGAUCAUCUUUUCAAUGCAAGAAACCUUUCAUCAUCACCAUUUCUUUUAGGCCACACAUUGCCACAGAACGAAAACCCUAGCCAAAACCCUAGUUCUUCUAUCUCACUCCCUCCAUUCCGGGCUCAACCAGCUUCUCCACACAUGUCUGCAACUGCACUCCUGCAAAAAGCAGCUCAAAUGGGUGUAACUAUGAGCAAACCCUUACAAUCAUCUGUACCUUAUCAUCACCACCACCACCAGGUUCACAUGUCUGGAACCAGCGGUUCCAAAACUUUUUCCACGUCUACGUCCGGUUUUGGCCUGGGUUUGACCCCACGUGAAGAGCAUGGAAGUGAGUUCACCCAUGGCGGGUGGACAUAUUUUGGGAAUAAAGCUGCUGUCAGUGUCACCUCUGGUCCAGCCGGAGCAGCUCCUAGUUCUCAAUUCCAUGAUAUGACGAGUUCUUUAUCUUCUACAAGUGAGCUUGAGGGGUCUUCAUCUUUUGAACAGUCUUUGAAUGGGGCAAUAUGGAACACCAAAAGAAGCGACAUUGGUUUUCAAGAAACUAUCGACCGUGAUUUCUCAAAGACAAAAGAAUCUCGAGUAAGAACAACUGAUCAUGAAGGUAAAGCAAGUGGUAGCAGUAUAGGAGGGAAUGAUGGGUUGACAAGAGAUUUCUUGGGUCUUAAAGCUUUCCCUCAUAACUUAGAGGGUCUCAGUCCUCGUAUAUAUUCUUCUUCAACAUAUGGGCAACACAGUCAGCACAGUCAAACGCCAUGGCAAGCUUAG